AUGAAUAACUUGAUGCGGAUGGGAAUGGGCCAAGCGCCGCAAACCGGCCCCCCACCGGACACGCCGCAGGUGGACACCGCGGAGCAAGUGCAAAUCAGUUCGCUCGCUUUGUUGAAGAUGUUGAAACACGGUGCGUUUACUAUUUCAAAGAUUCGUUUCCGUCGCGUCGUUUCCGUGACGAUGAUUGCGCUUUCUGACUUUAAUGUUUUCUCUCUUUCUCGCAAACAACACACAACCAUUCACAAAACAGGUCGCGCGGGAGUUCCAAUGGAAGUCAUGGGUCUCAUGCUUGGACAAUUCGUGGACGAUUACACGGUUAAAGUCGUCGACGUGUUCGCGAUGCCGCAAUCUGGUACCGGCGUUUCCGUUGAAGCCGUGGACCCGGUGUUUCAGACGAAAAUGUUGGACAUGUUGAAACAAACGGGCAGGGAAGAAAUGGUCGUUGGUUGGUACCACUCGCACCCUGGAUUCGGGUGUUGGCUUUCUGGCGUCGAUAUCAACACGCAGCAAAGUUUUGAGCAGUUAAAUCCGAGGUUAGUGGCUGUCGUUAUCGAUCCGAUUCAGUCGGUGAAAGGGAAGGUGGUCAUCGACGCGUUUCGAUUGAUUAAUCCGCAGACGAUCAUGUUAGGGCAAGAGCCGAGGCAAACGACGUCGAAUUUAGGACAUUUAAAUAAACCUUCAAUCGCGGCGUUGAUUCACGGGUUGAAUAGGCACUACUAUUCCAUCAAUAUUGGCUAUAGAAAGAAUGAAUUAGAGGAGAAGAUGUUGUUGAAUUUGGACAAGCCGAGAUGGAGCGACGGUUUGAAAGUUAGGAAUUUUACCGAGAAUAGGAAAGGGAACGAGAAGGUGGUUGGAGAGAUGCGAGAUUUAGCGGAUAAGUAUCAGAAAGCGGUGCAAGAAGAAGCGGAGUUGACGAAGAGGGAGUUGGUCGUUAAAGCUGCGGGGAGAACGGACGCGAAGAAGAGGUUGUCGGAAAACGCGAGCGAUUUGAUGGCGAAGAACAUCACGCAGCAGCUCGGGGCGAUGUUAGAUACCGUGUGCUUUUAA